AUGGCAGCAGACCGUGGAGAGAGUUGGACAUGAAAACAUUCACAACUUUAUCAACAAGUGUUCAGUGUUUGUUUGAGAUUUAAGGUAGGUGACUCACUGACAUGUAGGUUUUCCUGUAGACUAAAGGGUCUGACAGGAAGUGUUAAACACACAGCGUCACUAUGUCACUCUGAAAGGAGAAUGGACGUCAACUUUAAUUAGCUUAGUUGACUUUCAAGCUAGCAGGUUCAACUUAAGCUGCUAGUUUGACCACAUCCAGUCCGGCCGGCUGCAGCCAUGUCCGGGGGCCGAGCUCCUCCUCCUCCAGCCGGGGGAAGCGGUGGCCUCCUCAGGGGGAGCAGAACCAGGUCGUACGGUAGUCUGGUCCGGUCCCCCCUCUCUCCAGUCCGGGAGAGACGCAUUGAGCACAGGAUCCAGCCCGGAGAAACCCUGCCAGGCUUGGCCCUGAGAUAUGGAGUGACUAUGGAGCAAAUCAAAAGAGCAAACAGACUCUACACCAACGACUCCAUCUUCCUGAAGAAGUCCUUGUCCAUCCCCGUGCUGUCAGACCUGGAUCACUGCAGUAACGGGGCGGAUGUGGUCACAGGGGACAACGAGGAAGACGGCGCUUCAGCUCAAAACGGACACUCAGGGAGCUCCUCUGAAGAGAAGCUCGAUGGAGCCGGGUCAGACCUCACUCCGGUGGACUUUUUGAAAAGGCUGGACGGCUUGAUAAAUCAAUCCAAGCUGGCUGCUGUGAGAGGAUGUCAGGAAGCAGAGAAAAGGGUUUCCGCCUUAGAAGCAGCUUGCAGCAGCAGCAGCAGGACAUCAGACAGACGACCACUCACAAGAUCCCAGAGUGUCACUUCAUCGUUCACAAUGCAGCAGCAGACGACGUCACACGGUACACUUCCUGCAACUAUCACCAGACUCACCAAGAAACUGAGAGACAGAGAGGACGAGAUCUUCCAGCUGUGAUGUCUUGUUUCUGAUGACUCAAUGUUGUGAUUAUAGAUAAUCCACUCUGCAGGUUUGGGCAUGAAUAAUAGAGCGACACGGACAAAGAUGUAGAACUGCUGCUGUACGGACUUAAAGGUCUAUCCACACUGCCAUUUAACAUAAACUUAGAACUGGACUUUAAUCUUCUUUAGGAGGUUUAAAUGCUGCAUUUUGCACUUGUUGUGAAGCUUGUUUAUUUAUUUUUGAGACACACUGUAGAUCAUGAAACACACAGUUGUGUUCGGGAUCUCCUGUCACGCAGGAAAUGAGAGUGAAAUUUAAAACAUGUGCCGUCACAUGUUGGUUUUUAGUCAUGUGACUUGUUAUACGGUCAACUUAACAAGCGGUCUGUGUGUGAAGCUACUUCACAGCCUCAUGAUGGGAACCUGGCUGAGUUGUUUACCUUCAGCUGUGAUACAUUAUGGGAGAUCAAUCACAUUCAUUGUUGCAUUAAGAGGAAAAAAAUCACUGAGUGAAACUGAACUGCAAAAGACUUCCAGCUGUGACGUAGCCAAAGAUCUGAAACAGACUUUUAAAAUCUUUUAGAGUUUAUUUUGAUAGAAAGCUUUUUUUUAGGUGUGUGGAUAUUUUGUAACUGCUGCAUAAAGAUUGUAUAUAGUGAAAUUUAAUAUAAAUAAAUGUGCUGAUGCCAUGCA